GCACCACAUAAGGCAUUGCGUUGUAGACACCGUUAUAACCCGCAAUAUUAUUACCUUACUUAUAUUCAUUAAUUGAUUAAUUCAUUCAUUCGUUCGUUCUCGUACGUUGAUCCUCCCUCCAACAAGCUAACAAGUUUAAUAUAUAUACAUUUUACACAUAUAUAUAUUUAUUACAUAAUAGUUCGUGCGAGUAACAUUACGUUCAACCACAAGUCUCGUUUUUUAAUCGCGAGUUACACUUUUCCCAAUCCCUAAAUUCCCUAAAACGACACUCCUUUACUUAUCGAGUAAAAUAACUCAAUCAUUAUUUUUCAAUUAUAUUUAUUCUGUUAAUUUGUCUCUACGAUCAUACAUCAUAUAUUUCACAAUCCACCUUUCAAAAUUAUUAUUAUUCUUCGUCUGAUCAUUAUACUCGGGUUUGGACUUUUCUAAGUAGUCUUGCUGCUGAUUGAAAAUAAUUAUUCUCACGUUUUAUAUCCAGAUACAUUGAUACAUGACAUAACCGCGUCUAAAUGUAUUUAUCGUGACUGAUAAAUAUUAUUUCAAACAAACGGUGGUUACAAACAAGAUAAAAAGUCUCAGCUGGAAGAUCAUUAUUAUUCAAACACUAGAUGUUUGUGGUGAUAUUCGGACUUUGAUACACUGAUGAUGUUUCUGAUGAAAUAUUGAUAGUUUUUCAAUUAUAAUAAAUUUUUUGCCAAUUAAUUUUCUAACGUGAGAUGAGUUUAAAAUAUACAUCUUAAUACUCAAAUAAUAUUAAUUGUCCAAAUAAAAGAAAAUAAAAUAUAUAUAUAUAUAUAUAUAUAAUAUAAAAACCCAUCACUGAGUUUCGUUCUGCGCUAUAGUCAGCAUCCUCCAACCACUGAUUUUCAUCGUUAACCGAAAACAUUCUUUAGACAUCAACCCCCAAGUGUAUUCAUCAGGUGUAUAAAGAUGGCGCUGAACGAAGAAAAUACUACUGGCAAGAGUGCUUUAUAUAAAAAUCAAUCGAAGAGUAUAAAGCCAAACAAAAAAGAAACCAAAAGAAAAAGAAAAAAAGAAAUGGAAAAAAAGUUUUCGCGACGCAUCGGGGUCGGCAACCCCACAUUUUCCAUUCCCUAUUCCCAAAGCAUUGUCUCAAGGGACGUUGGGUAUACCACGAGGGGUGCGAGAUCAUGGGCAGUCAAAAAAAAAAGAAGGAAUCUGAAAAUACUAACAUUUCUUACGUAGUUAGACGACGUGUGAAACGAGUGCAAUGAUGGCAAACGGAAUGGAUACGGUUGUGCAACAGAAUGGGGGCUCGACCCCUGGUCAAACCUCACAGGAGGAAUCAAAGACGAAUCUUAUCGUUAAUUACCUGCCACAAACAAUGACACAGGAAGAGAUACGCUCUUUAUUCUCCAGCAUUGGGGAGGUUGAGAGCUGCAAGCUUAUCCGGGAUAAAGUCACUGACUCCACUGCGGCUUUAUCGCUUGCCGGAGAUAUGUUAUCCCCGGGACAAUUUUCUUUUGGACAAAGUUUGGGCUAUGGUUUUGUCAAUUAUCACCGACCAGAAGAUGCUGAGAGAGCCAUCAACACUCUCAAUGGUCUACGAUUACAAAAUAAGACAAUUAAGGUCUCAUAUGCCAGACCAAGUAGUGAAGCUAUCAAGGGAGCAAACUUGUACGUCAGUGGUCUACCAAAAAAUAUGACACAGCAGGAUUUAGAAAAUCUAUUCAGUCCUUUCGGAAGAAUAAUUACCUCGCGAAUUCUUUGCGAUAACAUGAGCGUACGACAGUAUGUGACUGGCGGUGGAGACAAUUUACCCGGCCUUUCAAAAGGUGUCGGCUUCAUAAGAUUCGACCAACGUGUGGAAGCUGAGAGGGCCAUCCAGGAGCUGAAUGGGACCAUACCAAAAGGUUCAACUGAGCCGAUAACUGUCAAGUUUGCCAACAAUCCAAGCAACAACAACAAGGCGAUACCACCAAUUGCUGCUUACUUGACACCACAAGCAAGUCGUCGAUUUGGCGGCCCCAUCCACCAUCCGACUGGCCGCUUCAGGUACAUUCCACUGUCGCCACUAUCCAGCACUGGCAAGGCCAUGCUUGCCAUUAACAAAGGCUUACAGAGGUACAGUCCCCUGGCAGGAGAUCUCUUGACAAACUCAAUGCUACCCGGUAACGCAAUGAGCGGCAGUGGGUGGUGUAUCUUCGUGUACAAUUUAGCUCCUGAGACUGAGGAGAACGUGCUAUGGCAACUGUUUGGUCCAUUUGGUGCCGUGCAAUCGGUCAAAGUGAUUCGUGAUCUGCAGACCAACAAGUGUAAAGGCUUUGGAUUCGUUACAAUGACAAAUUAUGAAGAAGCAGUCGUAGCUAUCCAGAGUCUGAACGGAUAUAAUCUUGGAACGCGAGUGCUUCAAGUAAGCUUCAAGACGAACAAGAGCAAGGCGGCGUAGGAUCCGGACGAACAUCUAUUCUCGGUAGCUG